UAUGAAUAUUGACGUAUACGUCGCGUCGUGGAUAUCGGACGCUUGUGUGCGGCUAGCAAUAUAUUAGAAGAAGGGACUUUCGUCACAGAUUAAGCAGCGCACGAGCUGUUAGUCUAAUUCAAAGUAAACGCGACAUAAUUCGGUGCCGAUUAGAUCGACUUCACCAAUUCAAUUGAUUUUCUUCAAUUUUCAUGCUUGCUCUUCUGUCAGAAUUUCGGUGGGAGAAUUUUCCCCGGGAGUGAUUUUGCUGUAGUCGUGCUAGUGACCGGGAGAAGCGACUAUUGUCAACCUGUGCGAUAGCGGGGUACCUUUUUUGUUUCUUCUUCGGUGUUAAGUAAAUUUCGGCCGCCCAAUUUGCAUUGAGAUUUGGACAGCCGGAGAUGAGCAAUACCUGUGAGUCUUGAAGCAGUCUUGUGAACCCGUGGGACUAUUGAAACAUCAUCGGACAGCUUUGUGGCGAACUCCCUGAGAGGCAGAACAGGUGGGUCAUAACAGAAAGUCGAACGGAAUUGGUGAUAGGUGAUCGAUCGCGAUAUUAUACGCAGCGGGUAAUCUGCAACUAUGGCUGCAUUGCCACGACGGAUAAUUAAGGAAACGCAACGCCUCCUCCAGGAACCUGUGCCCGGCAUCAGUGCCGUCCCGGAUGAAUCGAAUGCUCGCUACUUUCAUGUAAUUGUUACCGGACCGGAAGAUUCACCCUUCGAGGGUGGUCUCUUCAAAUUGGAAUUAUUUCUGCCCGAGGAUUAUCCAAUGUCGGCACCAAAAGUCCGUUUCAUAACAAAAAUCUAUCAUCCAAAUAUUGAUCGUUUAGGUAGAAUAUGCUUAGAUAUACUAAAAGAUAAAUGGAGUCCGGCGUUACAAAUAAGAACCGUAUUGCUAUCUAUUCAAGCUUUAUUAAGUGCCCCAAAUCCGGAUGAUCCUCUCGCCAAUGACGUUGCCGAAUUAUGGAAAGUAAAUGAGGCAGAAGCAAUAAGAAAUGCCCGCGAAUGGACUCAGCGAUACGCUAUGGAUAAUUGAUUCUAUUUUCAUGUUUUCUACUGAUGUUUUCGUUUUGUUUUUAGCUGGCAACGUGUGUGAGUUUAUGAAUAAAAAUUUUAUGUGUAACUAUAUAAUUCCAAAACCAUGCGGAAGUAGAUAAAAUGUAAGAAAUUGAAGCAAAAAAAAAAAGCAAAAAUCAUGCAGGAAUUAAGUAAGGAAGCAAAUUGUGUACUGAUCAUUGAUGGAAUACCCUGACACGCUUAGUUAAGUUAAAAAUCAUGGAAAACCGGAAUAUGACCUCAACGAAGCAGAAGAAUGUCUCUAAUAAGGACGCCUGGAAUUAUGCGCACCUUAUAUAUGGACAAUAUUUACUUUGAGAGUUAAAAAUCACACACAUGGGAGUCAGAAGUUCAGCAUCUUUCGUUGGACGGGACUGCGUGAAUGUUAUAUGUGCACUACAUAUGUUUCCUCUUAUGUAUUCCCUAUCAAUUAUUCAACAUAUAAAUCACGGAAAUUAGCAAAAUGUAACACCAACCAAUUAGUAGAACAACAAACGUUUCCUUACAUUCUUACCAAACAACAGAAUCAGCACAGUGAUCACGGGCUAUCGUCAGUGAGGCGAUUUCUCUUUUUUCAACCGUCACCACGUUUUAUCCAUAAUCCUCUCAAAAAACAAGAUUAUAUAUAUUUAUGGCUUAUUUCGUAUUAUUAAAUAAACAAAUUAUUGAUUACUACUA